AUGCCUUCUGCUAUAAAAUCGGUAGCCACAGUAGCCGUCCUUUCGCUGGCUGCUCUCGGCGAAGCCGGGCUCAUUCAUGAUGGGCUCAUUCAUCGUGGAACUUCCAACAACAGUACCCUUCCGCAUGGACAGAACUCCACCAGCUGCAUACCUCUCACCGAUGCCACCCAACAGGAUUGGCAGGAUGCCAACACGAAUUCAUGGCUGAGCAAUUGGCUGAAGACCAAUGCGGAUGCAAUCAGCAAGAGCGGAUUUAUCAGCGCGUUUGGUGAAUUGGUGCUGGGCCAAACAGGGUGGACCUGCGAGCUCGGCGAAAAUUGCACAUUGCCAUGCUUGAAACGUACUCCAUCGACUAUCAAGCAUGCCCACCUACAAGCUCGCGAUACUUCCCAGGGAAGCGCCACCCAGCAGGCUGCCAAUGUGGGUAGUUCCCUCGUCAAUCUAAACGAGGCGUUUAACGAAAUGCAAACACUGUUUAACAGUGCUGUUGGAGAAACCAAUUCCGCUCUCGACGGCAUCAUCGGUGACUUCUGGUUUGAGGCAGAUACCUCGAGCCUCGAUCUGGCGAACGGUCUGCAUGCUCUGGGGAUCGUUCUUGGUCUGGUAGCUUCUUUUGCAACUGGCGGGGCAGCAGCGCCGGCUGCUGCUCUAUCAACCCUGUUCGCCGGCGGUGUGACUGAGGCAUUGAGUGUCUUGCCAUCUGAGGAUCCUUACAUGGUCCAGGCUGGUAAUGCAGGCGUGCAGAUGAGCCAGAUUUACCAGGCUCUCGACCAGGCAAUCCAGAAUCUGUACAACAACAUCACGAGUGGAAAUAACGAUGAUAUCGCCAGCGUCUUUAGUGAUGGAACCUUUCUGCUGGAACACUCGGCUGAUAUAACCCAAAACAUCACGGAUGUAUUCGAGUCCUCAAUCAUCAACUACGUGUGGCGCGAGCAAAUGGUAUUCAUCCUCGGCGGGUCCGACUGCGCGGAAGACCAGGGCAUCGGAAACACCGGACCCAAAGACGACAAUGGCAUUAUCUGGUGGUGCGACGAGAACAACAAGGCCUGGUAUCUCUACUUUUACCAAUUUAACAACAACGGGGUACCCGGUAAGGGCUCACAAAACACUGAUGCCUGGAUUGCCCACCCCUGGGGAUCAGACAGAAUGGGCAACAACCCUUCGCUCCAGGCAGGAGGAGGGACUGGAAAUUUUUACACUUGGCUCAAUCCCUAUAACGCGGUCAUCUCCUCGGUCAAAUCCUGGCAAGUUGCUGGUAACAACUAUACUACCCAAACAUGGGAGGAGCGAAUGAAGGGAAUCAUAAGCGGCGGACAUAACCCGUUGUUUGACGGCAACGCGAUAGAAGGCUUGUGGACGAUCCCCGUCUGCAAUAUCAGCGCUGCUGUUGAUCAGAACUACCCUGGAAAGUCGAAUAUCCUACAGCCGUAUGGAUCACGCAGUGUGGAGUGGUGUGGGCCCAUCUGCGACAAUGAUGAUGACACGACAUUGGAGUUCUUUAAGGCGGCAAACAUGGUAUUCGAUGGAUUUGAAAAGUCCGAUUACCCCUUCGUACAGUCCUGCCCUGAUCACACUACCACUUAG